UCCGAACCCGGCGGUCCCCAUCGCGAGGCGGCAAUUCGCGCAGAAGGCUCACCACCAACAUGCUCCAUUGGCUAUAAAGACGGUCUCUACAUACCACCGGUCACUGCGAAGAACAUCUACCGGCCACAAUGCUGCCCAGGGCGGCCCGCGCGCCUUGCUGGCGUGCCUCGGGACGCUUCAUACACCACACUUCGGCCGUUCCGCGCCCAACGUCAUGGGCGUCUGCUUCCUACGGGUUGCAACGCAGAAUAUUCUCAACCACCCGAAGUCCGCUGAGGAGUCCGACCCCUCAGAGCACCCCAGAAAAGUCGCACGCACCGAGUCCCAAUGAUCCGUCUACGACUCGACCGGGCGCCGCCAAUGUCGCGCAGAGCCCCACGGGUACUCAGAAUACCACGGCGACCCCGAAACGGGACCUGCUCAGCGAAGCUCCGGUGGCGACAAAAGCACAGAGGAAGGCAGACUGGGCGAUAAUGAAAGAAAUGGCAAAGUACCUCUGGCCGAAGGAUGACUGGGGAACCAAGCUUCGUGUCGGAACUGCUCUGUCACUACUGAUUGGUGGCAAGAUCUUGAACGUCGAAGUGCCCUUCUACUUCAAAAGCAUCGUUGAUUCUAUGAACGUGGACUUUGCGACCUUUGGGGGAACUGCUUAUACGGUGGCAGGAUCUAUGAUCAUUGCUUACGGUGUCACUAGGAUCGGGGCAACUGUUUUCCAAGAACUGCGGAAUGCUGUAUUUGCCAGUGUUGCUCAGAAGGCGAUCCGCAAGGUCGCCCGAAAUGUAUUCGAGCACCUGCUACGGCUCGAUCUCAACUUCCAUCUCUCUCGGCAGACCGGUGGACUGACGCGAGCAAUUGACCGUGGAACGAAAGGUAUCAGCUUCCUACUGACUUCCAUGGUCUUCCACGUGGUGCCUACUGCUCUCGAAAUAUCUCUUGUUUGCGGUAUUCUAACCUAUCAAUAUGGCGUCCAAUUUGCUGCAAUCACCACUGCGACGAUGGUCGCAUACUCUGCUUUUACGAUAACGACCACCGCCUGGAGAACCAAGUUCCGCAAACAGGCCAAUGCCGCAGACAACCGUGGUGCCACGGUUGCCGUCGACUCCCUGAUCAACUAUGAGGCCGUCAAGUACUUCAACAACGAGAAGUUUGAAGUCGCACGUUACGACAAGGCUCUGAAAGCUUACGAAGACGCUUCCAUCAAGGUUACGACGUCUCUGGCUUUCCUCAACUCUGGCCAGAACAUGAUCUUCUCGAGUGCACUGGCGGGGAUGAUGUACCUCGCAGCCAACGGGGUGGCCAGCGGUAGUUUGACUGUCGGUGACCUGGUCAUGGUCAAUCAGCUGGUCUUCCAACUCUCGGUACCGCUGAACUUCCUUGGUUCUGUGUACCGCGAGCUCCGUCAGUCUCUACUGGAUAUGGAAACCCUCUUCAACCUGCAAAAAGUCAAUGUCAAUAUCACUGAGCGACCGGAUGCCAAGCCCAUUGAACUGAAGCAGGGCGGUGAGAUCCGGUUUGAGAACGUUACCUUUGGCUACCACCCCGAACGACCCAUCCUCAAGAACGCUAGCUUUACUAUCCCUGCCGGCCAGAAGUUCGCUAUCGUUGGACCCAGUGGUUGCGGCAAGUCGACGAUUUUGAGAUUGCUGUUCCGCUACUACGAUGUUCAGGAGGGUCGAAUCCUCAUUGAUGGUCAGGACGUGCGUGAUGUAACCGUUGAGAGUCUUCGCAAAGCCAUUGGUGUAGUGCCUCAGGAUACCCCUCUGUUUAACGACACGAUUGCACACAACAUCCGCUACGGCAGGAUUGAUGCGACCGAUGAAGAAGUCCACAAGGCGGCGCAGCGCGCACACAUCCACGAGCUGAUUGAGAAGCUGCCCGAUGGCUACCAGACAGCCGUGGGCGAGAGGGGCAUGAUGAUCUCUGGUGGUGAAAAGCAGCGACUGGCUAUCUCCCGACUGAUCUUGAAAGACCCAGAGCUCUUUUUCUUUGACGAAGCGACCUCAGCUCUCGACACGUACACCGAACAAGCGCUGUUGCAGAACAUCAAUAGUAUCUUAAAGGAGAAAAGACGCACGAGCGUCUUCGUGGCCCACCGACUGCGGACGAUUUACGACUGUGAUCAGAUUCUCGUAUUGAAGGAGGGGCACGUGGCUGAGAAGGGAUCGCAUCGCGACCUUCUGGAGCGGAAUGGCAUCUACGCCGAGCUGUGGAAUGCCCAAGAAAUGUCACUCGCGCAUGGUCUGGAAUCUGAACGGGCGGCGGAGUUGGAGGAGGCCGAACAAGAGGCCUCAACUCAGGCCCCGGAGCGGCGGCCACGAUAAGCAGCCGAUGGGGGGCUUGGACGUUUAUCUUGCU